UGUAUGAGUUGGGAGCCGAAGCAUUAUCAAAAGCCACAAGACUGCAGGAAUUCUUAAAGAGACCAUCAAUAUGUGGCUGUCAAACAGGGAUAGUUUGGGUUGGUACCAGAGAUAUUUAUUAGGGAUAAAAGCCCACCAGGACAUGAAAGUUAUUGAAAUACAGAAAUGUGAAGAUAUUCUCUUCACAAUACUUGACAGGGUUCAGCAACAGGACAACAGAUUUCAGGUGGACUAUUCUAGGGAGCUUGCCUGCUUUGAAUAUACUCUCAGGACAGAGUUCGAUGAAUUGGACAUGGAGGUGCCUCUGUGGUUUAAUGAUAUGUCCCUGAGGAUUGAAGAGAGCUGCGACACCCCCUAUACAAUCGAUGGAAUUACUCAUCAAACCCUUACAAGGAAGGGGUAUGUUUACCUGGCCGUUCCAAAGGAAAGUGAAAGCAAAUGGCUUGGAAGUGAUAUAUUCCACUGGCUUUCCAAAUCAUCCCAGUGCAGUGGGCAUAUUGUUCCAGGCAAAAUCAUAAAUAUCUUGAAAGAGCUUCUUAAAGGAGCCAUUGUCUACUGUGAGCAGAACUUCCUUCUUAAACCAGGAGAUGUGGAUGCUUCUUUGUUAAAUUUUGAUGGUCCCCGGAUAACACUGCUUCUAAGAAAUUUGAUAAAGCCCUUGCGAGUUAAUAUCAUUCCAAUAGUUCGGAGAGCCGUGGAGAAAUAUUUGGGGAAUGGAAAUCAGAAUGAGAAGAUCUUUUCAGAGUCAAUUAAGCAGGCGACACUCAUGAACAUUGACAUCAGCAAUGGAACUUAUUAUCACUGGAGAUUUUGUUUCGAGCGACCGAUUAAGAAGUUGCUUGAAGAAGCAGAUGCAGAUGGAGGGCAUCGUCUUGACAGCCUGUGCCUUCUGGACAGAAUUAAGUCUGAUCAUUGGCUUCCAGAGAAACACAAGAGAGGACUUACAUUUAAGCAGCUUCAGAUGGUGCUACUCUGGGCCAUGAAGUUUUUUCCAUCUUCAGAAGACUGGGUAGACCUGGAGUCAUCUGUUUAUCGGAUUUUGGUGGUGUUGCUGCGGUGCCUUGUGCUCAGGAAUCUCCCCAACUACUUUGUACAUGAGAUCAACAUUUUCCAUGAAGAUUAUCAGCCACAGUUUGAUUUUCAAACAGUCUACAAGAAGGUGGAAGAGUUUGCUAGCUUCCCUGAGAAAUGCCUCCAGAUACAUUUGACCCACCUCCUCCCCACGCAGACCCGACACAUUGAUAGUUACGUUAAGAUGUUGCUGCAAAUCCAGGAUGCUGAGGGUCUUUACUGGAAUACAGCUUAUUUUGACAUUAUUCUGAACAAGUUUCAGGUUUACCAUGUCCAGGAUCCUGACAGAAUUGGGGCCAUGCAACUCAUGUGGUCCAAAACUACCAAACUAGUGACCGAUGAAGGAUGCUCAUCAUAGCCAUGAACAAUGCUCAUCAUCACCCAAGAACAAUGUUCAUCAUGACCCGAGAAAGUGGCUCAGCUGAACUCAUUACAGAAGGGGCACAUAUCUGCAUAUUCUACAGAUCAGAUUAAAGAUAAAAUCCUUCUGCACACUACUGCAGUCUGCACCACUAACCCUCAACCAUACCUGCUAUAGAAUGCACUACAACCCAUGUACACAUCUGAUGUAGAAUGCAUCACAUCCCUAUGGCCACAUCUACUAAAGAUUGGAUGAUAAAAUCGCUUAAAACAAUGCUUCUAUAUUUGAACAAAAGAUGAAAAAAAUUGGGAACUAAGACGAUUUCCAAUCCUUGUCACUUUACUGCCUGGUUUGGACUUAAACUUCCUCCAUGCUGAUAAGUCCAAACUAUGCAGUUAAGUCCAAGCUACGAAAGCGUAGUGUCAUCUCAUUAUAUAAUGGCCUGUCUUGGAUGUGUGAAAUUUGACAUUGAUCAAUUUGCAUCUCUACACUCAGCUUAUAAAACAUCUCAGAGUACCUUAAACAAAUCCAUGACUUGUAUCAUCGAAGAACAGAUAUGUAUUUUCCAAACAGGUGCCUCUGAAAAAUCUUUCUUCAUCCUGAGCCAUGGUUUCCCAUCUACCAUAGUGGACCAAGCCCUUAAUCAGAUCCCAUCUAUUUCCCACAAUUCUGCCCUCACACUCUCUCCUCCUGGACAGAAUAAGGACAGAGUUCCCUUGGUCAUCACCUUCCACUUUACCAGCCUCCACUUUCAACAGAUCAUCCUUCACAGAUCAUUUCUCCCACCUCCAACAAGAUACCACCAUCAGAAUUUCAAAGGGAAGUUCCCUUUGCAACUUCUCAGUCAGCUUUUCCAUCCCCACUACUUUCUUGUCUUAUGACGCAUUCCCAUACAACUGCAGGAGAUGCAAAAUAUCUAUCCUUUCACCUCUUUUGUUCCCAUCAUUAAGGGACCCUGACAGUCUUUCCAGAUGAAGCAAUGAUUCACUUGCAUUUCUUUAAAUCUAGUGCACUGCAUAUGGUGUUCACAGUUGGUCUCUGAGUUGCAGAGACCAGUCACAAGUUGGGUCAUCAGUUUGCAGAACACUUGCACUCAAUCCCCAGGAGUGACACUGAGCUUAUGGUUCUCUGCCACUUUAAUUCUUCAUCCCACUCUCACUCUGACCUAUCUGUCUGUGGCCUUCUGUACUGUUACAAGACCCAACACAAGCUUGAAGGAACAACUUAUUUUUCAUCUAAUUGCAUUUCAGCCUGCAGGACUCACUAUCCAAUUCUCCAACUUUAGGUAACUCACCUUCUCUGCCUGUAUCAGGACUGGCCAUUCCUGCAGUAAGCCAUCCAUCCAUGAUAUUGGCUCAGUUUUUUUUUCUCUCCAUUUGUACAGCCUGACUUGCUGGACAUGUCCCACAACACAUAACACAGACACCAUUUAAUAGCCCCCAUCUGCCCAUUUUACUGGCCUCACCCACGCACAGAUAUUCCCUGUGUCCUAUCCAUUGCUCUCCCGCCUUCUCUGCAUUUUUCUCUUUCCCAAUUCUGAUGAAGGGUCUUCAACCUUAAAUAUUAAAUCUCUUUCUCUUAGGUGCUGCCUGAUCUGUCAUUUCCAGCAAUUUUUCUGUAUUUGUCUCAGAUUUCUAGCAUCUAUAGUUCUUUUUGAUCUUAAGUUUUUUGAACCUGCUUUGUAUGUAACUGUACAGGAAUUGGCAUUCAGGGGCAAGAUAUAUAUUACCAGCAGACUUAAAUCAUUCCUCUGCAGUUAGUGUACAUAUACAGGUGUCAUCACUGUGACAUAUAAACUAUCUAGUAUCCCUUUUGUUUUCUGUAUAUUGUACAAGAGCUGUCUUCAAUCCAGUUGUACACCACGAGGAUAGAAUGAAAUAUUUCCUUUAAGCUAAGUGCACUGUACAUAUAGAGAGGCCAUACAUAUGACUCUCACUAUCUGUACAGCAUCAGAUGGAAUUGAACAGUUCCUUUGCAUUUCUUAUGUCCUACCAUUGUAUGUAACAAUUGAAGCAACUUUGUUUUGACCCUUGGGAGCAUACGUGGAAAGCUGCGAGAAUGAGGAGAGCUGUUCCAGUUUGGAAUCUGUUGGCUGAAGUUGGGAAAUGUCAACUUAGCUGGGCCACUAUUAAAAUUAUUGAUGAUUAGAUGGAACAUCAAUAUCAUUUCUUGCAGUAUUAACACCUCAAGGGCUUCAUGGAUGAACAGCAAUGAUAAGCUUCAGACUAUAAUUAGAAAUGACAAGAUUGAGCCCAAAAAGUAUCUUGGAACAUUUUACUACAUUAAAAGCAUUAUAUAAAUGUAAGUUGUCAUUGUUGCAAUGAGACUCAGAAGCUAUCAUAUGUAACUGGAGUGACCCAGAGAAAAAAAAUUGAAGUUUAUAUCAAUUUACUUUGGUAGGAAAUUCCUUUAUCUGACUUCCUGUAUGUUCUUUGGUUUUCCUGACACUUUUUAUAUGUAAUAUUAUGUAUCAAAUAAACUAUACCAA